CUGGAACAGUAGUAAUUAACAAAAAGCGCUGUCUGCAAAACGCGAGACUGGAACAGUAAUAAUUAACAAAAAGCGCUGUCUGCAAAAACGCGAGACAGGGUCAGAACAAUUAACAAAAAACGCUGUCUGCAAAACGCGAGACAGGGUCAGAACAAUUAACAAAAAAGCGCUGUCUGCAAAACGCGAGACAGGGUCGGGUACUACCAGAGCUAGCGAGAGAGCGAGUGAGCAGGCAGUCCGUGAUUUCCGACUGGAGGGGGGAGAGGCAGGUGGUGAUGGCGUGACGCGGCGUCCUGGACGGAGCUGGGAUGAAGAGCAGGAGAGCUGGGUACGCAGGCGGGAAGAGCAGGCGGAGUGGGCAAGGGAUCUUCAGGUUACAGUCCAGCGUCGGGUUGUGGGAAGCGUCCGGUUUUUAUGGCAGCGGGUGAAUGAAUGAGAGCGCUCCUCUCCCCGCCACACGGAUCGAUCCGCUGAUUAGAAAGUGGCUGCACCUGUCCGCCCUGAAGCUGCAUCACACCAACACCUGCUUAGAGAGAGGGAGAGGAGGAGAAGAGGGAGGGGGGAGAAGAGAAAAGAGGGAGAAGAGAAAAGAGAGGCUGCCCCUAUCUGGCCCUAGAAGUAGAGGGCGUGACAGUACCCCCCCCCCACGUGCACCUCCAGGUGCACGAAGGCGCUUCUCUGGGUGGCGGCGGUAGAGGUCGCUGACCAACGUGUGGUCCAGGAUCUGGCGACGGGGAACCCAGCUGCGCUCCUCUGGCCCAUAUCCCUCCCAGUCGACCAAGAACUGGACCCCUCUACCCCGCCGACGGACAUCCAGCAAGCGACUGACAGUGUAGACUGGCCCAUCGUCCACUAUCCUGGGCGGAGGAGGGGGAUGGACGGGUGGGGCCAAAGGACUCUCCCGUACCGGCUUCAGCUGCGAAACAUGGAACGUGGGAUGAAUCUUCAUGGACCGGGGCAGCUUAAGCCGGACGGCAGCGGGGUUAAUGACCCUCUCCACCUCGAACGGACCGACAAAGCGUGGGGCCAACUUCUUUGACUCCACCCGGAGUGGGAGAUCCUUGGCCCUGAGCCAAACCUUCUGGCCCGGGGCGUAGGCAGGAGCAGGGGAACGGCGACGGUUGGCCUGUUGCUCCAUUCUCAAGGAGGCCCGGCGGAGGGCGACCCGAACCUUCCUCCAAGUUCGUUUGCACCUCCUGACGAAGCUUUGCACCGAGGGUAUGACAAUCUCCUCUUCAGAAGCUGGAAACAGGGGGGGCUGGUAUCCCAGGACGCACUGGAAGGGGAACAGUCCAGAGGAAGAGUUAGACAGGGAGUUGUAAGCAUACUCCACCCAGGGGAGUUGAUUGCUCCAGGUCGUAGGGUGUUCUGAGGCCACACAGCGUAGGAAAGUCUCUAGAGACUGAUUGGCCCGUUCCGUCUGGCCGUUCGACUGUGGGUGGAAACCAGAAGAGAGACUGACCGUGGCCCCCAGAGCCUUACAAAACGCCCUCCACACCUCUGACGUGACCUGGGGACCACGGUCGGAGACUAUGUCGGAAGGGAUGCCGUGAAUCCUGAAAACCUGAGAGACCAGAAGAUCUGCAGUCUUAAUGGCUGUGGGUAAUUUGGGCAGGGAAAGGAAAUGGGCAGAUUUGGAGAACCGGUCGACAAUGGUUAAUAUGGCAGUGUUGCCCUGGGAAGGAGGGAGGCCUGUGACAAAAUCCACUGCAAUGUGGGACCAGGGUCUCCUGGGAAUGGGAAGCGGCCGCAGGGAUCCGGAGCUGGGUUGAUUGGAUGUUUUGUUGCGGGCACAGACGGAGCAGGCCAGGGUGAACUCACGGGUGUCUGCCUCCAUGGUGGGCCACCAGAACCGUUGCCGGAGGACCUCUAAGGUGCGGGCAGAUCCGGGAUGACAGGCGAACUUAGAGGUAUGCCCCCACAGGAGGACCUGCGGGCGGACGGCUUCUGGGACAAACAGGCGGUUUGGAGGACCGCCUUCAGGGUCAGGUUGCUGUUCUAGGGCCCGGAGUACUUGGGCCUCAACCUCCCAAGUGAGGGAGGCGACAAUGCGAGUCUGGGGCAAGAUGGGUUCCGGGUCUGGCAGGGCGUUCUCUCCGGAGAACUGACGGGACAGGGCAUCAGGCUUGGUGUUCCUGGACCCGGGGCGAUAAGUGAUGGAGAAGUUGAAGCGGCUGAAGAAGAGGGACCAGCGGGCCUGGCGGGAAUUCAUCCUCCUGGCCGACCUGAUGUAUUCCAGGUUCUUGUGGUCUGUCCACACGAUGAAAGGCUGCAGGGCACCCUCCAACAGAUGCCGCCAUUCCUCCAGAGCGAGCUUGACGGCCAACAGCUCGCGAUCUCCGACGUCAUAGUUCCUCUCUGCGGGGGUAAGACGCCGUGAGAAGAAGGCACAGGGGUGUAGUUUUUGGUCUGUAGCAGCCCGCUGGGACAGGACUGCCCCUACCCCGGUGUCCGAGGCAUCCACCUCCAGGAUGAACUGUCUCUCGGGAUCUGGCUGGAUCAGGAUAGGCGCCGAAACAAAGCGUUGCUUCAGCUCAGAGAAGGCUUUGUCUGCUUCAGGGGUCCAACCAAAGAUCUUGGUGGUGGAAGUGAGGGUGGUCAGGGGGGCUGCCACAGGGCUGUAAUUUCGGAUGAAACGGCGGUAGAAGUUUGCAAAACCAAGGAAGUGCUGAAGCUGUCUCCGGUCUUCGGGACGGGGCCACUCAGUCACUGCCUCCACCUUUAAUGGGUCCAUCUUGACCUCCCCGGAGGAGAUGAUGAAUCCCAGGAAAGCCACAGUGGAUGCGUGGAACUCACAUUUCUCUGCCUUGACGAAGAGGCGGUUCUGGAGGAGACGUUCGAGGACCUGGCGGACAUGGCAGACGUGUUCUUCAAGGUUUCGGGAGUAUAUUAAGAUGUCAUCCAGGUAGACGAAGACGAACCGAUUGAGCAUGUCCCUCAAGACGUCGUUGAUGAGGUUCUGGAAAACUGCGGGGGCGUUAGUGAGGCCGAAGGGCAUGACCAGGUAUUCAAAGUGUCCCAGGGGAGUAUUGAAGGCGGUCUUCCACUCGUCGCCCUCCCGGAUUCGGAUGAGGUGGUAGGCAUUUCUAAGAUCCAGUUUGGUGAAGACAGAGGCUCCAUGCAGCGGGGUGAAGGCAGAAUUGAUUAGGGGAAGGGGGUAAGUAUUUUUAACAGUAAUGUCAUUGAGGCCCCUUGAAGUCUAUGCAGGGACGGAGGGAUUUGUCCUUCUUGGAGACAAAAAAGAAUCCAGCGCCGACAGGGGAUGAAGAGGGGCGGAUGAUGCCAGCCGCCAGAGAAUCGCGGAUGUAGGACUCCAUGGUGGCCUGUUCAGGUCUAGACAGGUUGUACAGUCUGCAGCGGGGUAGUGUAGCUCCGGGAAGUAAGUCUAUAGCACAGUCGUAGGGUCUGUGUGGGGGCAGAGACAGGGCUUGAUCCUUGCUAAAAACCAUGGCCAGAUCGUGGUACACAGAAGGUACAAGGUCCAGGUUGAGGGGUUCGGAAGGUAGGGCCCGGGUGCUGGCUCGAGUUUCAGGAGUCAGGGCAGACGUCAGGCAACGUUGGUAGCACUCCCGGCUCCAGGAACGGAUCUCCCCCUGCUGCCAGUCAAUGUGGGGAUUAUGGACCUGGAGCCAAGGGAACCCAAGAACCAAGGGUGGACUAGACUGGUCGAUGAGGUGGAAGGAAAUUGUCUCAUGGUGGUUGCCCCCCACCACCAGGGAGACCGGAACAGUCUUAUGGUGGACUUGGGCCAGGUGGAGUCCGUUCAGAGCAUGAGCCUCCAGGGGCGCGUCAAGAGUUUCUGUGGGAAUGCCGAGCUGGGACGCCAGGCGAGAGUCCAGGAAAUUCUCUUCAGCCCCAGAAUCCACCAGGGCUAGAAGAGGGAUAGGCUGACACUGCCAACACAGGGUUAUGGCCACUUGGAGACGUUGUGGGGGCGAAGUAGUAGUACGGCUCACCAGCAGAUCCCCCGUCACUGGCGAGCCGGACCUUUUGGCGGACGGGCGGGGCAGAAGGCAAUGUAGUGACCCGGACGCCCACAAUACAGGCACAGGUUUGCUGACCGACGUUGUAACUUCUCAGACUCAGUGAGGUGGGCACGGCCGAUCUGCAUUGGCUCUGGGAGAGACUCCGGCGGGGGGUCCGGCUGAGUUCUGGGGCCUGGGGCACUUGGGGUUCUGGUGGGUCCUAGUACAGAGCGGGCGCUGCGUUCUCGCCUCCUUUCCCGGAGCCGGUUGUCAAUCUUAAUCGCUAAUGCGAUGAGGUGGUCUAGGUCUGGAGAGUCGUCACGAGUUGCCAGCUCGUCCUUUAGGGCCUCACCUAGCCCUUUGUAAAAGGCUCCCUGGAGCGCGCCGUCGUUCCAGGAGCUCUCUGCAGCCAGCGUCCGGAACUCCACCGCAAACUCUGCGACACUCCUUGUCCCUUGGGAGAUGGCCAUGAGGCGGUGGCUGGCGUUGUUUCCGCUUACUGGGUGGUCAAAGACCUUCCUCAUCUCUGCCACGAACGCCGCGUAGGACUCACAGGCACUGUCCUGGUGCCCCCAAACAGCCGUGCCCCACUCUCUCGCCUGUCCUGAAAUUAACCCGAUGGUGUAGGCUAUUUUUGAACGAUCGGAGGCAUAGGAGAGAGGCUGCAUCUCAAAAACUAGUGAAACCUGAGUUAAAAAGGCCUGGCAGGAUCCUAACUCCCCCCGGUAACAUUCAGGUACAGGCACUACAGGUUCACGAAAGGGAGGUGGAACACUAACGCUAGCCAAGACAGGAUUAGCGGCUAACGCUGAGCCUGGGGGAGCAGUCUUAGCAAUUUGACCAGCCAACCCUCUUAACUGGGUGGUUAGUUCAGAGAUCUGAUUAAGCAUAACAUGAUUGCUACUGACCAGGGAACGCAACAAUUCAUCAUGUUGAGCUAACACGCAUUCCUGAUUAGCAAUAGCUUGUUGAAACGUGGUAGCGGGGGGAGACUGCCUCCGCGCCAGUCUCUUUGUCUGCUGAGCUCAUCUUGGCUGGACCGUACUGUCACGGUUCAGGCACCGAGGCUCAAAUGCGGACAAAGAGACUCAAGUCAGAGCAGUUCAAUUAAACAGAUAUUUAUUUGGUCCCAAAAUGCAAACAGAAAUAGGAAAACGGAACUAAGGUGGGCAGUAACAAUUAACAAAAAGCGCUGUCUGAAAAACGCGAGACAGGAUCAGUAAUAAUUAACAAAAAGCGCUGUCUGUAAAAACGCGAGACUGGAACAGUAAUAAUUAACAAAAAGCGCUGUCUGCAAAAUGCGAGACUGGAACAGUAAUAAUUAACAAAAAGCGCUGUCUGCAAAAACGCGAGACAGGGUCAGAACAAUUAACAAAAAACGCUGUCUGCAAAACGCGAGACAGGGUCAGAACAAUUAACAAAAAAGCGCUGUCUGCAAAACGCGAGACAGGGUCGGGUACUACCAGAGCUAGCGAGAGAGCGAGUGAGCAGGCAGUCCGUGAUUUCCGACUGGAGGGGGGAGAGGCAGGUGGUGAUGGCGUGAGGCGGCGUCCUGGACGGAGCUGGGAUGAAGAGCAGGAGAGCUGGGUACGCAGGCGGGAAGAGCAGGCGGAGUGGGCAAGGGAUCUUCAGGUUACGGUCCAGCGUCGGGUUGUGGGAAGCGUCCGGUUUUUAUGGCAGCGGGUGAAUGAAUGAGAGCGCUCCUCUCCCCGCCACACGGAUCGAUCCGCUGAUUAGAAAGUGGCUGCACCUGUCCGCCCUGAAGCUGCAUCACACCAACACCUGCUUAGAGAGAGGGAGAGGAGGAGAAGAGGGAGGGGGGAGAAGAGAAAAGAGGGAGAAGAGAAAAGAGAGGCUGCCCCUAUCUGGCC